UCCCAGCAACCCCCUUAAGAGGAAAUGCGUCCGCACUCAAACUUAGUCCGACCUUAGCAAACCCGCAUCAGCGUGAUAAUGUAGCAUGUGUGUUCAGGAGCAUCGACAAGUGAUUGCGAAUCCGACGUUUAUCAGCAACAGUGGACCUGAACCUCAAGCAUGGCAGAAAGUUUGACCCAGCGAGUCAAAGAGCUGGAGGAAGAGCUGGAGAGGCUCAAGUCCCAGCUGGAAAAGGGUGUAGAAGCUGGAGAGGAUGCGUCCAGUCCAUCCCUGAACGAGAGCACAUCCAGCCGCAAGAAAAGCAGUAAGAAAGCUAAAAAGGAGCGUCCUUUUGACUUCUCUGCCCACCCUCGCCGCCAUGUGGCCCUGCGGCUGGCCUACCUGGGAUGGGCCUACCAGGGCUUUGCAGUCCAGGAGAACACGGACAACACCGUGGAGGCCCGACUCUUCGAGGCUUUGCUGAAGACUCGGCUGAUCCAGGAACGACAGAGCUCCAACUACCACCGCUGUGGUCGCACGGAUAAAGGAGUCAGUGCCUUUUCCCAGGUUAUUACCAUCGAUUUGCGUUCCACACAGUUUUGUGGCGGACUGGGUGUGACUCUCCCUGAAAAUGUUGAGUUAAGCACAAAGAAUAAAGGCCCAGUCCCUGAGCUGCCAUACGCCAAGAUGCUCAACAGGGUUCUACCCCUGGACAUCAGGAUUUUAGACUGGGCACCAGUAGCAGAGGGUUUUAGUGCUCGCUUCGACUGUCAGUCCCGCACGUACCGCUAUUACUUCCCUCGAGGAUCCUUGGACUUAGAGUUAAUGACAGAAGCUGCAAAAAAAUAUGAAGGGACUCAUGACUUUCGCAACCUGUGCAAAAUGGAUGUAGGGAACGGAGUUCUGCAGUUUGAGAGGACCAUCUUGUCAGCAACGGUCAAGCCUGUGCAGCCUCAGCUGGACUCCAGCAUGAACAAGUAUGACCUCUUCGUAUUUGAGAUUAAAGGACUGGCCUUCCUCUACCACCAGGUGCGAUGCAUGAUGGCAGUGCUUCUCCUUAUAGGGCAGAAACUAGAAGCCCCAGAUAUAAUUAAUCAGCUAUUGGAUGUUCAGACGAACCCCAGGAAGCCCCAGUACAGCAUGGCGGUGGACUACCCACUGGUGCUUUACAACUGCCACUUUGAAGGCGUGAGCUGGCAACAGGAGGCUGAGGAAGUAAACCACGUCCUGUCCACGCUGCAGCAACACUGGACCCAGAGUGCAGUCAAGACCCAAGUUGUGCAUGGGAUGAUCCAGGGUUUAGAGACCAUGGGUGGAGAAUCGUCUAGUUAUUGCUUGCUAGUAGAAGGAAGCAGGCAGAAAAACUACAGACCAUUGCUGGAGCGUCCGUGUUGCGAGAGCCUGGAGUCCAGAAUAAGUCAUUUUGUAAAACGAGGCCGACUGGAGCUUGAGGAAAGCGAGAAUGGGGGGGAAAUGAUCCACAGGGGGAAAAGAUCCAAACAUUCCUCAACAUCACUGAGUCUGCCUGUUUCUUCAGAGAUGAAGCAAAGUGGAAAUCCGAAAGCAGAGGAUUAAAACAUUUUUCACACGGAGUUGGACAUUUGUUUGAUUCACAGCAUUGUAAUUACUCUUUAUUAGUAUUAUAUUUUAGUAUUUUAUACUAUAUUUUAGUUUCAGUAUAUCAGCUUAAUUUACUUUUAAAAUGAUGCAAACUUCUAUAUUUUCGCUGUGAAAUAAACGCCUUGGACGAAGUCUCCAGAGAUUAAA